CGGAGCCCGACGUUUAGGAAGGGGGCGGGGCUUUCGCUUGGCCGAGGUGGGCUCGCUCGCCAGCCGCAGAGGGAUAACUGCCCGUGUCGCUUCUCGCGCUGCAGUUAGUCGCAUGGACGUGUAGCCAUCGAGACAGUUUCCUCGCUCCACUUACCAAAGCGUCUUCCGUUUGGUGAUACAAGCGCAAGCUUAGGGCGGUGACGGUCAUGCCGAACUCGCGGCCCAGGCCCCGCCGGGGCGCCAGGAGUGGCGCCGGGGCAGCCGGGCGGGACGAGCUGGUGUCACGGUCCUUGCAGAGCGCUGAGCACUGCAUGCGCGCCCAGGACUUCGGCACCGCCUAUGCCCACUACCUCCUCGUGCUCAGCCUGGCGCCGGAGCUGAAAGACGACGUGAAGGAAACUUUUCAGUAUACGCUCUUCAGGUGGGCUGAAGAGCUUGAUGCUCUCAAUAGAACACAAGACUUACUUGGUUGCUAUGAGCAAGCCUUGGAACUAUUUCCUGAUGAUGAAGUGAUUUGCAAUAGUAUGGGGGAGCAUCUCUUCAGGAUGGGCUUUAGGGAUGAAGCAGCUGGGUAUUUUCAUAAAGCAGUGAAGCUAAACCCUGAUUUCAGUGAUGCAAAGGAGAAUUUUUAUCGUGUUGCAAACUGGUUGGUGGAACGCUGGCACUUUAUCAUGCUUAAUGACAUCAAAAGGAAUACGAUUUAUAAUGCAGCCAUCCAGAAGGCAGUUUCUUUGGGCUCCAAAAGUGUUUUGGACAUCGGAGCAGGAACUGGAAUACUAAGCAUGUUUGCUAAAAAAGCUGGAGCACACUCAGUGUAUGCCUGUGAGUUAUCCAAGACCAUGUAUGAACUUGCCUGUGAUGUAGUGGCAGCAAACCAGAUGGAAGCAGGGAUCACACUCUUACAUAUGAAGUCGCUUGACAUAGAAAUUCCAAAACACAUUCCUGAAAGAGUGUCCCUAGUUGUAACCGAAACUGUCGAUGCAGGUUUAUUUGGAGAAGGAAUUGUGGAGAGUUUGAUUCACGCAUGGGAGCAUUUACUUUUGCAGCCAAAGACCAAAGGUGAAAAUGAUAAUUGUGAAAAGUAUGGGAAAGUUAUACCAGCAAGUGCUGUUAUCUUUGGGAUGGCAGUAGAAUGUGCAGAGAUAAGGAGAUAUCACAGGGUGGGUAUAAAGGACAUUGCUGGGAUCUGUUUGCCAGCAAAUGUGAAAUUCCGGAGCCCAGCUUAUUCUUCUUCAGAUACCGAAGAAACAGUUGAACCUUAUACGACUGAAAAGAUGAGUCGAGUUCCUGGAGGAUAUUUGGCUUUGACAGAGUGCUUUGAAAUUAUGACAGUAGAUUUCAACAAUCUUCAGGAACUAAAAAGUCUUGCAACUAAGACACCUGAUAAAAUCAGUGUUCCUGUUAUUAAAGAAGGCAUACUAGACGCGAUUGUGGUUUGGUUUGUACUCCAGCUGGAUGAUGAACACACUUUAUCCACAAGUCCUAGUGAGGAAACAUGUUGGGAACAGGCUAUCUACCCCGUGCAUGACCUUCCAGACUACCGGAUAAAGCCUGGGGACCACGUGAUGAUGGACGUGUCUUGUCAAGAUUGUUACUUAAGAAUCCAGAAUAUCAGUAUUUUCAGUUCAGAAUAUGAAAUGGAUGUUGGGAAAAGUUCUACCAAGAACAAAGACUUGCUUUCUUUAGGAAAUGAGGCUGAACUCUGUAGUGCCCUGGCUAACCUUCAGACCAGUAAACCAGAUGCUGUGGAGCAAACGUGUGUGUUGGAAUCCACGGAAAUUGCUUUGCUUAAUAACAUCCCGUAUCAUGAAGGCUUUAAAAUGGCGAUGAGGAAAGUGUUGUCCUCACUGACUCCAGAAAAACGGUGUCAGGCCAUGGAGAGUCAAGAUAGUGAGAUGAGCUGUGAAAGUGGACAGAAUAACUCCGAACAGAUUGCCUCUGAACCUUUCUACGUGUUAGAUGUGUCUGAAGGCUUCUCUAUUCUGCCUAUAAUUGCUGGCAUACUUGGGCAGGUUAAACCUUACAGUUCUGUGGAGAAAGACCAGCAUCGUAUCACUCUGGACCUCGUAUCUGAAGCCAAUCACUUUUCCAAAGAAACACUGGAGUAUUGGUUGAGACAUGUGGAAGAUGAAUCUGCUGUGUUGCAAAGGCCAAAAUCAGACAAGUUGUGGAGUAUAAUUAUAUUGGAUGUCAUUGAGCCAUCUGGGCUUAUUCAGCAGGAAAUAAUGGAAAAAGCUGCAAUAUCCAGGUGUUUGCUACAAUCUGGAGGCAAGAUAUUUCCUCAGUAUGUGCUUAUGUUUGGGUUACUCGUGGAAUCUCAGACACUGUUAGAAGAGAAUGCUGUUCAAGGAACAGCACGGACUCUUGGAUUAAAUAUAGCACCUUUUAUUAACCAAUUUCAGGUGCCCAUACGUGUAUUUUUGGACCUGUCCUCAUUGCCUUGUACACCUUUAAGCAAGCCAGUGGAACUCCUAAGACUAGAUUUAAUGACUCCAUAUUUGAACACCUCUAACAGAGAAGUAAAGGUGCACAUUUGUAAAUCUGGAAGAGUGACUGCCAUUCCCUUUUGGUAUCAUAUGUUCCUGGAUGACGAGAUUAGGCUGGAUACUUCCAGUGAAGUCUCCCACUGGAAACAAGCUGCGGUAGUUUUAGACAAUCCCAUCCAGGUGGAAACAGGAGAGGAGCUCGUGCUCAGUGUCCAGCAUCACAAAAGCAACGUCAGCAUCACAGUAAAGCAAUGAAGAGCAGUGUUCUGAUGAAGUUAUUCAAGUGGAGCCGGCCACGCACACAAUUUUUUCUGAAUAGUGGGACUGUAAACAUAAGGUGGGGGUGUCAAGAUUUAAUUACUUACAACAGUCAAAUAUUUUGAAAAAUUGACCUUAAUAAAGUGUAUUUAAAAGACACUAAAUUAUAGAGUAGCAUUAUUACAAAAAUAUUUGCUGCAGACUUCCUUUCUAAAAAGGCAGCCUUUCUAAAAGAGGCUGUCAUUAGUUUUUCCAAUUAGGAAACUUUAUUGCUCGGUUUUACUUACUUUAGAUUAAAUUUUGCUAAACACUUGUCUACAUGCUAAAGCUGUAAAGAUAAGGGCCUUUGAGUCUCAUCUUCAUUGUCAUGUGUCAGUAAAUAAAGCAAAAAUUUUUAAUUUU